AUGAACCUUGUGAUGAACCUUAUUAUGAACAAUAUAAUGAGAUCCAAAAACCAACAAAUAUAACUUGCCUAGAUGAAUUCGAGAAUGAAGAAUCAUUAUCAUCAACUAAAACUGUCAUAACUAAUAGUAUUGUAGACAAAUAUAAAAGUGAAUAUGCAUCUGUUUCUGAUCAAAAUAUGACUUGUAUGACUGAAGAAUCACCUAAUUAUAGUAACAUAAAUUUAUAA